GACAUAUUAGCCCAUCAUAUCUUACUCUGUGAUAUAACCUCUAAAAUUAAAAAACAACAAAAUGAAGCUUAAUGUUUCCAAAAUGAGAUACGUUUCCCAAAUAUUCCAGCCUGUGAUAUCGAUACCAAAGAAUGCUAAAAUAAAAAAUACCGACAUUACAUGCAAAAGCCAAAAGUUACUUCUAGAAUGUGGCCUGAUACGACCAACAAGCUCCGGAUUCUUCUCCCUGCUGCCACUGGCGCAGCGUUCAGUCGAGAAACUCAUCCACCUCAUACGAAGGCACAUAGAAGCGGCCGGUGCUCAGAGAAUUACAUUACCAGCUCUGACGGCGGAGAGCCUAUGGGAGAGAACUGGUAGAUUAGAUGAAGUGGGUGUGGAAUUAAUGAAAAUGGAGGACAGACAUGGAAAGAAGUAUCUGCUGGCGCCAACCCACGAAGAAGCUAUCGCCGACCUGCUGGCGGAUGUCGGGCCCAUCUCGUACAAACAGUUGCCUUUAUUACUGUAUCAGGUGAGCAGCAAGUACCGCGACGAGCGGCGGCCCAAGCACGGCCUGCUGCGGGCGCGGGAGUUCCUCAUGCUCGACGCGUACGCCGCGCACGCUCACAAUCCCGCAGACUCGCACAAUCCCACAGAGUCUAAUAAUCCCGCAGAUUCACACAAUCCCGCAGGCUCACACGCCGAGCCCGACGUAUACGCGCGCCUCACCAACGCCUACGCGCAGAUCUUCCAAGAGUUACAACUGCCCGUCUAUAGAGUGGCGGCCCCUGCCGGCGACAUGGGCGGCAGCGUGUCGCACGAGUGGCAGCUCCGCGCCGCCGCCGGCGAGGACCAGAUAGCCGUGUGUCCGUCCUGCUCGCACGCCACGCUCGACACUAGCGGCAGUGGCUGCGGACGGUGCGGGAAAGAGAUGGAGAUAGCGAAUUCUAUUGAGGUGGGUCACACGUUCGUCCUGGGCACGCGGUACAGCGAGCCGCUGCGGGCGCUCGUGGUGCCGGCGGCCGGGUCUACGCGUCCGCUGGCCAUGUCCUGCUACGGGAUCGGGAUCACCAGGUUAUUCGCAGCGGGCGUGGAGGCGCUAUCCAGCGAGAAGUCGCUUCGGUGGCCCGAGGGCAUAGCGCCCUACAGUGCCAUCAUCAUUGGACCUAAAGAAGGCUCGAGGGAGUGGUCGCAGCACGGCUGGGAGGCGGUGCAGCGGGUAUAUAGGGCCGCCGCCGCGGUGCCAGCGCUCGGCGGCGACGUGUUGCUGGACGACAGGCACGGCCUCACCAUCGGCAAGCGGCUCCUGAUGGCCGACAGGAUGGGCUACCCGUACAUAGUAGUGUGUGGGAAGUCGACGCUGGACCCUGUACCCAAGUACGAAGUGUACAGAAGUGAAGCCCACCACGCGACGCAGCCGGAGUUACUCACCCUGGAGGAGCUGGUCGACUACUUAUCACAGAGAACUAUACGUGUAAACAAAGCAAUGCAUUCUGUAAAUCUUUAACAAUAUAAAUAUUAAAGGAAA